AUGGACGCCAGGCAUGCCACCCUGUGUUUCCUCCUAGUUCUCGUGUUGCACGGAAAUCCUACUGCAGAGGCCGAGGAUUGCAGAUACAGGAACGAUAAGCUGCCGCUAUGCCAGGACGUUUUGUGCAAGACACGGUGCUGGCUGGAGGGGGCGGUGGUGAACGCCGAAGUAAAAGAGUCCAGAUGCGUGGGAUCAGGGCCAGGCUCCACCUGCUACUGCCUCUUCUGCAAAAAAGAUUGA